CCACCGUGGUGUCCAGCAUGGCCGCGCUGCUCCUGGGCGCGGUGCUGCUGGUGGCCCAGCCCCAGCUAGUGCCUUCCCGCCCCUCUGAGCUAGGCCAGCAGGAGCUUCUGCGGAAAGCGGGGACCCUCCAGGAUGACGUCCGCGAUGGCGCGGCCCCGAAUGGCUCUGCCCAGCAGUUGCCACAGACCAUCAUCAUCGGCGUGCGCAAGGGCGGCACGCGCGCGCUGCUGGAGAUGCUCAGCCUGCACCCCGACGUGGCGGCCGCGGAGAACGAGGUCCACUUCUUCGACUGGGAGGAGCAUUACAGCCACGGCCUGGGCUGGUACCUCAGCCAGAUGCCCUUCUCCUGGCCACACCAGCUCACGGUGGAGAAGACCCCCGCGUACUUCACGUCGCCCAAAGUGCCUGAGCGAGUCUACAGCAUGAACCCGUCCAUCCGGCUGCUGCUCAUCCUGCGAGACCCGUCGGAGCGCGUGCUAUCUGACUACACCCAAGUGUUCUACAACCACAUGCAGAAGCGCAAGCCCUACCCAUCCAUCGAGGAGUUCCUGGUGCGCGACGGCCGGCUCAACGUGGACUACAAGGCCCUCAACCGCAGCCUCUACCACGUGCACAUGCAGAACUGGCUGCGCUUCUUCCCGCUGCGCCACAUCCACAUUGUGGACGGCGACCGCCUCAUCAGGGACCCUUUCCCCGAGAUCCAAAAGGUCGAGAGGUUCCUGAAGCUGUCGCCGCAGAUCAAUGCCUCAAACUUCUACUUUAACAAAACCAAGGGCUUUUACUGCCUGCGGGACAGCGGCCGGGACCGCUGCUUACAUGAGUCCAAAGGCCGGGCACACCCCCAAGUUGAUCCCAAACUACUCAAUAAACUGCACGAAUAUUUUCAUGAGCCAAAUAAGAAAUUCUUCGAGCUUGUUGGCAGAACAUUUGACUGGCACUGAUUUGCAAUAAGCUAAGCUCAGAAACUUUCCUACUGUAAGUUCUGGUGUACAUCUGGGGGUGGGGGAAGAAUUUUAAAAAAAGCAUUUAAGGUAUAAUUUAUUUGUAAAAUCCAUAAAGUACUUCUGUACAGUAUUAGAUUCACAAUUGCCAUAUAUACUAGUUAUAUUUUUCUACUUGUUAAAUGG